CCCCGAAGCUCCCAUUGGCCCCGGGUUCCCAGCCAAUGGGAGCUGUGGGGGAUGGUGCCUGGAGGCAAAGGCAAAGCAUGGAGCCCUCUGCCGUCUCCCUGCCUGGGGGCCGCAGUGCCGGCCACUUCUGAGAGCGGCGCGGGACCACGGGGGGCAAUCCCACGGGCUGGAUCCAAAGCCCUGAGGGGCCAGAUCCGGCCUGUGGGCCAUAGUUUGCCUACCCCAGUCCUAACCCAACCCCCAUCCAUGCACAACUUUCUAGCUCAAGUUAAGUGGUGCUUUGAGCUAACUGGCCCUUCAGGGCUGGGGUGGACUUGAGUGCUGCUGAUGCUGAAGCAGUGCUUAAUUUUUGCCAGGGCUGCACCCUAGCACCUCCAGGCUUGGCAGUUCAGAGCCCCGGCACCUCUGCGCUUGCCAUGUCAGUUAUGAAAGUAAAAAAAUUGCUUGAGCCCCAGCAACUCUUUCAUUACAAAUUAAGCACUCGGCUCAAGCUAGUAAUGCAGUGGGGUUAUAGCAGCUGAGUUACAACUCAACUACUCAUCCAAUUACUCUGCUAACCAAAUCACUGGCCAUGUGGCUGCUCACUUGAACUAGUGCCAAAGGAGUAACUUGGACUAAUUCAACCAGAAUUAACUGUUGCAAUGAAGACAAGCCCUAAGAUAGUGAGAGAGGCUGGCAAAGCCCUUGUAUAUAAUGGAUUGUCUUCUGCUUCUACAAACAAACCAGAAAAUAAGUUGCCCUUUAUGACAUGGAAAUUUGGUUUGGGAGCCUGGUACAGAGGCAGUCAUGUUAGAGACAGUCUGGGCUCCAACUUGAAGCAAGUCAGAUCUGAACUCACUAGUCGGGUCACAUUAUGGACAGAGUCCCACCUAGACCCAGCGCAAAGUGGAAAGUCUGAGGGCAGUGAAGGCUAGCACACCGCUAACUCUGAUUUUAGGAUUAUGCUGACUUUGACAGUCUCAGAGUCAAGGAGAGUGAAAUCUACUGUAGCAAAAUCUCCAAUCUGUUUUAACUACUCCCCUCUCUUUUCUCCUCUCCUCUUACUGUAUAUGCAAUGGGGAUGAGAAACCUUGGUAUGUUUAGUUUCUCAGAUAAAUAGUUAAUGUUGUUCAAAGGUGAAAGCCUGAGUUAUGUAAGAAAGAGCUAAUCCAAUCCUGGUUAAUAGUCACUACUCCAAUUCAUUCUCUGCAGCAUUUCCUCCUGCUUACAUGAAACCCUAACAGCAGAGCAGGCACUAGGCAUAAGCAGACUAAGCUAUUGCUUAGGGCCCUGAGCAGCUUUGUAUUAUGUGUGUGGGGAGAAUAUUCUGGCUUCGGGCCCCCACUGGGCUAGCACCGCUCUGCCUAAAAGCUCCAAUUUAGAAUCAGGAAAAAGCCUAAGGCAGCAGCCUCAUCGAGGUGCGAUUUGCUGCUAGUUUUGAAAUUUUGGCAUUUCUGAAACUUUCAAAAAUUAGAGUAAAGUGGGGGACAUUUAUACUGGCAUAAAAAUGUCAAAGCUCCUGACGGCAGAAGUUUCCCACCUCGCCUCAUGCAAGGAAAACCUUAGGGAUAGCUCAGUGGUUUGAGCAUUGGCCUGCUGAAUCCAGGGUUUUGAGUUCAUCCUUGAGGGGGCCAUUUAGGGCUGUGGGGCAAAAAUCUGUCUGGGGAUUGGUCCUGCUUUGAGCCUUCCAACCCUGAUCUAUUCUAUGACCUCUAGUUUGGUUUGGAGGAGGUCAUUUAUCUAUCAAGCAUUUAUUUUCAGACAGUAUUUAGGUAACCCAGACCCAGCUUGAUACCGAUUGUGGAAAGGAAGGAAAAACGAAGCUCGCCCUAGUCUGCCAGUUUCUCCCAGGUGUGGAGAGUAAGGAAGCCUGGCUCUGGGAGUAGCGGGCCAACAAGCCUCCACCUGUGCCCUGAAGCCAGCUGCUAACAGCUGGAGGGUCAACCCAAGCCUCCAGGGAAAGCGGUGGGGCAUCCCCGUUUCUCAUUGGCUGUGAGCCAGUGGCGGCCACGCCCCUCUCCAUUGGUGACAACCCUGCCUGGGUAGGUGUGUGCGGAGAAGGUGUUGUGACUUCACAAAUGGAACUCCGUCACCUUCCCCGGCCCCGCCCACCACGACCCCCCACCUAUAAAAGGCCCCGCCUGCUGCGGCCCCCUGUAGAGGAGGCUCCGGCAAGGGAGGCGGAGGAGGAAGCGCUCGCGCAGCCUUGGAAGCGCAAAGAAAAUCCUAAUUUGGAUAUAACAGACCUGAUUAGAGAAUUUCAUUUCACUAGAGUAGAGGGCUGGACUGAUAGACUGCCAGAAAAGAGAGCUGACCUUGGAGACGUAAGUGUGGUGUCUCCACUUUCUGAGGAACCAAAACGAAAGGAAAAAUCCACAGACACAGAGGAGGACCAGUUGCACGAAGGCCCUGAACCUGAAUAUAGCAGCAAAAUUACACAAUACCCAUCGACUCACGGUGAACUUGCAGAAAAUGAACCAUCCCCUACAGGACCUGAAGCAUCCCCUAAGGGACCUGAACUUGCCUAUGUCCCAGCAGAUCCUGCACAGCUUGCUGCACAGAUGUUAGGUAACAUUGAUUCUGUUCAUUCUAUGAAGGAUGUGGCAACAAGUGUGCAAUCUUUUCCUGAACUGUCUCUGAGCUCAGUGGACACAACAGUUGCACCAGUAGAAGGUGCUGCUGAAGAAGCUACACUUACCCCAGCUGCUGAGGGUUCUGCAGAGUCUGUUAGGUUGGAGCCAGCGGUUCAGAGUCAGGCCUCCAUUGUCCUAGGGUCCUCCAGCAGUCAGGCUGAACAAUCAACAAGUGAUGUAGAUCAAGCUUCCUCAACCCCCUUGCAGGAUGAACCACCACCACCUGCUCCUCCACCACCUCCUCCUCCACCACCACCUCCUAAAGAUCCAUUACAGGCUGUGCCUUCCCAAAGCGAAAUUGAGGUUACAUCAACCAUUCAGGCUAUGCCAAUACAUACUGACGAUGAGCCCGCUACUGAAGGAGAGGUUCCACCUUACAUAGAGCAGUUCCCGCAGCAAAUAGUCAUUCCCUUUUUAGAACAAGUAGCUUGUCUAAUAGAGAUUCAGCAGCCAAUGCCUUCACUAAAUACAGGUCAGUUUACAUGCACUAAGAUCUUAGAUCCAUCUGCAGAUGAUGCAGAAUUUGACCCGGAAAGAAUGGAAACUACAGCGCAAAUGGCAUCACCUGAGCAAGGUUUUAUUAUGUCAGCAAUGGCAACAACCGAAGCAGGACAACCACCACCAUAUUCUAAUGUGUGGACUCUCUAUUGUCUAACUGAUUUGAGCCAACAAGGUCGAAAGUCACCACCACCCCUUCCUCCUGCUGGAACUGGUGCUCCUUAUCCCCAAGCAACCCUCUAUAUAUCUAGUGGGAAGGAGCAACAACCAUUCCUACAACAGCAGCUGACACCACAAGGUCCACCACCACCACAAGUAUCCUCUCCAACUUAUGUGAUGAUGGAAGAAGGCAAGAGGGGAAAUGCACCACCUUUCAUUUUAGUGGGCUCUACAGUUCAGAAUGUACAGGACUGGAAGUCUAUUCCUGGCCAUGCUGUCCUUACACAGCAUGACACAAGUGCUGUGAGGAGAUUCACUACAGUACCUGUACCAGUUGCCAGGCCAGCAGAUCUGAAAAUGGCCACUCCAAACCCAAAUUCUAAUUCUGCACAAGAAACUGCUAGACCACCAACCCCCGUUUUUCUUUCAGUUGCCAUACCCUUAGACGAAGUAAUGUCUGCAAAGAGGGGCUCAGCAGCUGGUGAUAAAGCAGGCAUAAAUCCCUUUGCAGGAAGCUAUGGUAUAGCAGGAGAGAUUACAUUUACUUCUGCCCCAGUCCGCAGAGCAGACUCGUGAGAAGGUUGAGAGGAGAUGUCAUGUGAACACCCCAGGAUGUAAAUCUGCAUCUUAAAAUAAUAAAUUAACUUAAUACAAGCACUCAAAACUAAUGCAAUCCAUUAGAAUGCCUUUUUGCAUUUCCAGAGUGUUGGCAGAACACAGAUUAUUGAAGAUAAGUAUAUAAUGAAGUGUCCAUGGGGGGUAAAAAUACCCCACCCGCAGCACAGGCAAUAACCCAAAAGAAUGCUUCCCCGCUGUAGCAGAGGCAUUUGGCUGGGGCCGAGCCCUCUUAGAGAUGUUUAGCUAAUAGACAAGUUGAUCAUAUAGUAUUGUGUAAACAUACAUCCAUCAAAAAUUUCAAAUUAGUUCCACACAAUCCCUUUCCAGAGUAGGUCACAUCUUAUGCAACAGAUCUGUUCCUGGCAAUGAGUUUAAGUCCACAGCUUUGACUCUGUAAGCAAUGGCCUUAUACUUAGAAUGUCCCAAAACAAAGAAAUAAGUGAGGUGGUCAAUGAGGUUAAGGGUAAAAAAAAUUUCACUAGAUGGCUUGCAGAUGCUGCCCUGUGCCACACAAGAAGCCAGUGCUCAGUUAAAACCCAUUAUAACAGACCUUAGAGUUGCUAUGGAAGACACUGUCUAGUUUUGCUAUAGCUUUGGAGUCUCAAGUUUAUUUCAGUCUGUCAGUGGUCACUGGGGUGGGGUGUGUACGUGUCUCAUUUCUGGGGGAUUUCAGAUGUUUAGAGAAGAUGCUGAUUUUAAUUAUCCAGUGAAAAUUGCUUAGUGUCUGCAUCUAUUCGCUUAAGAACCCUAGUCUUUACUCCUUGGGAGUUCCCUAGUGCUUGCUCCUUCUCUUGACCUGCUUCCUACUUUUAAAAAAAGAGCAGGUUCCAUCUCCUCUGUCGCAGCUUGAAAAUAAAGGAAAUCCCUAGGAGAUUGGAUUUUGAGUAGAUAUCAACUUCUGGAGAAGAAACUUACCUGGGAGGCAUACGCCACUCAAUGCCUCUCUCUAUUUCUAUCCAGUAAGCUCUUCAAACAAACAUUUGGAACAGUCCUUUCCCUGGAACUUAAUAGGUUGCAACCCACUGGCUCACACACUGACCUAAUGGGUUUUGAAACCCAAGGGUGUCACAUGAGGCUGGUGGGGUGGGGGAUGAUUGCAAUAAAACUUUAAUAUCUCCCAAAUGAGGCAAAGAAAAAGUUUCUAGACUCAUUUCAGGAUAGCAAAACCCUUCAAAAUUUGAGACAUCAACUUUACUAGAACAGAUUACUUGUAGCGAUGCAUGAGACGCCAGUGUGAUUCAGCCUCUGUAGUUGGAAAGCUUCUUCCUUGUUUGCUGAGCACAGUUCUUCCAGGGAAACCACUGACAUGACAUACUUUAUGAACCCAGAACUGCAAGGUUUCAGACACACCAGCCGAAAGCCACACUCAGCAGGAUGUCAAGUAUCAGAGCAGUAGCCGUGUUAGUCUGGAUCUGUAAAAGCAGCAGAGUGUCCCGGGGCACCUUAUAGACAUAUUGGAGCAGGAGCUUUCGUGGCAUCUGACGAAGUGGGUAUUCACCCACGAAAGCUCAUGCUCCAAUACGUCUGUUAGUCUACAAGGUGCCACAGGACACUCAGUAGGAUGACUUUAUAGAGCAAAGGCAUCUACCUGGAUCAGCUGAUGCAACCCCUAGUAUUAAAAAAAUUAAUCUGAGAAGUCAGAGCAUUGGAACAUUUGAAAGCCUUUAUUUAGUAGCAAUUAAUGUAAUUAACACUAACCUCCAGACAGCAAUUAAAAUCGUAUACAAAGAGCAGCUGGAAGCUCUGUAGCCCAGGUCUGUAUAAAUAUGUAUUUCCAUAAGAUUUAAUGCACCCCAAUUAAAGGGGUAAAGCUAGUGUGUACAGCAGUUUCCAUACAGGUGCCUUACUUACUUCAAACCAUACUUUCUAGGAGGAAAUCUUGUGCAUUUGUACAGUGCAUACACAGGUGCAGUUUAAUUUCUCCAGUAGUUAUGUUCUACUGGGUCCUGAUUUUUAAAAAGUUUCUGCAAUUGUACAACAAUGGUGCAAAGCACCUAUAGUUUCUAGUGCAGUAAACAGAUUUUUUUAAACCUCUUACUAGUGUUCAGUUCAGAUUUAACUUUUAAAUGGCUCUUAAUUCCUUAACAAAAUGAGGUUGGUAACAAAACAUGAAAGAACAAAUUCAAAACACUGCACUAAACAUGGAAUAAAUACUUUGAGUAAUGUUACCAGUGUAACCUACAACAUGACCAUUUGGGGGAUAAUAGUUCUGGAAUCACUGACCAGAAUCCAGGAUUCUUGAGUUAUGUUCAUAGAAGCCAUCUUAUGAAAGUUAAGUAAAUCUUUACAAAAAUAACUUGCCCUCUCCUAGCUUCAAGCACAGAAUAGUGCAAUUCAUACCUGUGCUUUUAAACAUGUCUGUGCCACAAUAAAUCCACCCCAAAGGGCUGUUGUGCCAGCAUAAUCAUUAAAAGAAAGGAUUCAUAGAACACCUUCAAAUGUUCUAUUUGCUAUCCACCGAGACUUAACAUAGAUGUAUUCAGCAAAUAUGAUAGCACUAACCCAUCAGAAAAAGGACA